AUGAAAGUUCUGGUUAUAGGAGGCACCGGUUUGAUCGGCGGCCAUGCUGCUCUCCACCUUCGAUCCAAAGGACACGACGUCACCAUAGCUGGUCGUCGGACACCCUUGGAAGUUCCUGCGCUCGCUCAGCUACCAUUCCUUGCGGGAAGCUACCUCCAAGGGGAUUUUACUGUUGAAAAGCUGUCUUCAUUCCAGGUUGUUGUGUUUGCGGCAGGCAGUGACGUUCGACAUGUGCCGGAGGGCCAAACAGCCGACGAUCACUACCUCCAAGCCAACGGGGAAGCCGUGCCAGCAUUUGCUCGCCGUGCACGACAAGCCGGGGUAAAGGUCUUCAUACAUAUCGGAAGCGCCUACCCCCAUGUCGUACCUGAGGUGGUAGAAACAAGCGCUUACGUCCGCUCACGAAAGCUGGCAGCAGACGGGGUCGCGGCUCUUGCAACUGCCGAGUUCCAUGCCUGCAGCUUGAACCCCCCAAUUGUUGUCGGCACUGUGCCCGGCAUGGAGGUCCCGAUGUUCAAGGCUUAUAUCGACUAUGCGAAGGGCAAGCUUCCCAUCCCCCCAUUCGCGCCUAUUGGGGGGCUGAACUUCAUUUCGACGCAAUCGCUGUCCGAGGCCAUAACUGGAGCCAUCGAGAACAGCAGGUUGGUAUCAGGAAGAAGCAUUCUCCUUGGGGACGAGAAUCUUAGUUAUGCUGAGUACUUUGAACUGUUCUUCUGGGCUGUUGGUAAUCCGCAGAAGUUGCCGGCAUUGCAGCAAGACCAUCCAUUAAUGCCCAAAGACAUGUUAUAUGCGGGCGACAAGGUUGUAGCUUACGAGCCGGACGUUGCAGAUUGGAAGAUAUUGGGGUCUUACCGUCGGCGUGACAUCAAAACCGCAGUCCGUGAGAUUGUCGACGGACAAAACUAA